AUGGCUUCAAGAGCCAGUUCAGACGAGGGAGAGAUUCGAGAUGGCAGUGUAGAGAAGGCAACUAAGUCGCUGCCGCUGUACGAUGGCACUUCUGUUGACCGUCAAGACAGAAACCGCUCUAGCAACUCGGCUUCCAGAUCUCCAGAGCGCGACUACAGAUCCAGAGACCGGAGAUCGCUUGACAGGAGCCGUUCGCCAUAUGCCGACUACCAACCUCGAGGAUCCAAGAGAGCUAGAGAGGAGGAAUACCCAGAUAGAUCUCGAGACCCCCGCAGAUUCAAGGUCCACUACGAAGACUCCCACCAAGAUUACAAACGCAACGCCCGUGGCUCUUACAGAGACUUAGAUCGAGGAUCUACCGAACCGUCUGAUCUACGAUACGAUGAUCGGGAGAGGCACAUCGAGAAGCGACCACGCACACGCAGCCGGUCCCCAUACCGUGCUGGCCGAGGUGGAGACAGAUAUGCAAGAGGAGGAGAUUCUAUGAGGGACGAGAAUCGGAAUGGUAGAUACGGGCAUGACUCUCGCAGACCCGACUCAUAUAGCAAUGAAGAAGUGAGAAGUCGAGAGAAUAAGGACCAGUCAGUGAGCAACCGGGGACAAAGCCCGCUGCCUGCUGAUUAUGCAAGACGAGAGGCUAAAACUACACAAGGGUAUUCACAGCAUAAUGGCUAUCAGUCUCAUAAUGGCUUGAAGCAAGAAAAGGAAUCCAAGCCAAUUCAAACACCCGCAAUCGAGGUACCUGAAGAGGAACCGGUUGAUGAAGCAGCUCUCAUUGAGCAAAGACGGAAACGUCGACAGGCAAUCAAAGAUAAGUAUAGAGGUUCCGCCACACCCUUACUAGUCCAGGCGUUGCAAUUGGGAGACAAGUCAGGAGAAUCCACUCCAGGUCGACAGGACGACACUACACCAUCAGCGCGAUCGACUUCCCCCAUGGCCUCGGCCCCUAUGACUCCGACUGAAACCCAAGACCCAGCGUCCCCAUCAGCCUUUGCCUUCACAAAUGAUCAGGAUCUUGCGAAUGGGAAGGCCCAGGACAGUGAGAACGAUGGACCCUCGGCGGCUGAUUAUGAUCCGACCAUGGAUAUGAGGGAAGACAAGCAGCGAGACGACCAGAGACAUGGCGAGGAUGUACCAUCGUCCGUAUAUGAUGAGACGCUUCCAACGACCGAACAGGAUGUUUUACUACCCGUUGAAGCAGCACCAAUCGAAGAGAAGCCCAAAAAAUCCAAAGACGACUUCGACAUGUUCGCGGACGACGAUGACGAUGAUAUGUUUGCAGAGGAGGCCACCCUGGGCACAAAACCCAAAGCUCCAGAAGAUGUAGCAAAGGCAGUGCCCAUCCCACAGGCAAAGGAGCUCGAUAUUGGCAUGCUGGACAACUGGGAUGAUAUCGAGGGCUACUACAAGAUUAUUCUAGGAGAGCUUCUGAAUGGUCGAUACCAUGUCCAGGCCAAUCUUGGGAAAGGUAUGUUCUCUGGAGUUGUUCGAGCCAUGGAUAUGACAACGAAGAAGCUGGUUGCCAUAAAGCUCAUUAGGAACAAUGAGACUAUGAGAAAGGCUGGCAUGAAGGAGAUCGAGAUUCUGCAGAAAAUCAACAACGCCGAUCCAGAAGAUAAGAAGCAUAUGAUCCGCUUAGAACGAUACUUUGAGCACAAGGGUCAUCUCUGCAUGGUCUUCGAAAAUCUCAGCAUCAAUCUCCGGGAGGUGCUGAAAAAGUUUGGUCGUGAUGUUGGAAUCAAUCUUCGAGCUGUCCGAGCUUAUGCACAGCAAAUGUUCCUUGGGCUGAGCCUAAUGCGCAAAUGUAACGUCUUCCAUGCAGAUCUGAAGCCUGAUAACAUUUUGGUAAAUGAAACCCGGAACAUGCUGAAGAUUUGUGAUUUGGGGUCAGCUUCUGACGCAUCUGAGAACGAGAUCACUCCAUAUCUUGUCAGUCGAUUUUACCGGGCGCCAGAAAUUAUCCUUGGUAUGCCAUACGACUUUGCCAUCGAUAUUUGGUCUGUUGGAUGCACACUCUACGAGUUGUACACAGGCAAGAUCCUAUUUACGGGGCGCACAAACAACCAGAUGCUUCGCUCAAUCAUGGACUGCAGGGGCAAGUUCACGACAAAGAUCCUCAAGCGUGCCCAGUUCGCGCACGUCCACUUCGACGAGAUGGCCAACUUCAUUAGCGUGGAGCAGGAUAAGCUUACAGGAAAGGAUACGAUCAAGACCCUCACAUUUGCCAAACCAAGCCGUGAUCUCCGAACCCGCCUCAUGUCCGCAUCCAAGGGCCUCACCGAUGUGGAAGCCAAAGAGUUGACACUAUUCGCCGAUCUGCUGGAUCGUUGUCUGGCGCUUAACCCAGAGAAACGAAUCACCCCUGCUGAGGCAUUGAAACAUCCUUUCAUCCUCAAGAUGCUGAGGUAA